AUGAACAGUAUUUUCGGAGACGCGUCGACCAUCGCUCCUUCUCCUCAGACCCUCGCCGAGGCCGAAUCACUUUUCAGCAGAAGUCCUGCACCUUCCAUGCACCUCGACCGCGACGGAGACGCACCUCAAGACUCAAACAUCCCCGAUCUUGACAUUGACNCCCCUGCUGUCGAUGUGCAGAAUGGCAAGCCCAUGUUCAGCAAAGACACUGACUCAGAAGGUCUCGGCGGCUGGAUAUCCAAUCUUGUCAAGAAGGGCAAGGGUGAUGGAGCGUCUUCCCAUGCUGGUGGGAGCGGGAGGUAUAGACGGGUUGGACAGGAUGAUGAUUAG